AACGCCUCUGUUAACACUGCGUAUAAUGCAUCGGUUGUAUCUCCCGUAGCGAAGUCAGACGUAUAUAUAGAUCGGAUCACGACUGCUGCAUUCUCUUAUUGAUGUCAGGAGGUUUAUGAAUGAAAACCCUCUUGUGCCGUGCUGUUAAUUAUUGUUAUACGAACUACACGUGAAUCUGUAUAAUGGGAAACCAAGGAAGCAAGAAAUUAGGGAAACCGUCAGGAAAAUUUGAAAUGGAGGGCGAAGAAGCAAAAAUUUUACAAAGAUUAGAAGAUGCUGACGAACAAGAAAUCGACUCUUAUGACAAGUUAAUGGCUUGGCUUCUUGAAAUGGCUUCAAAUGAAGAAAACUAUGGGCCUGAUAAAUCCACCCAUGUUGAAGAAAUUAAAAAAGCAUGUGCACAGGCCAGAGAAAAACGAACAGCUUGGAGUCAACACUCGACAUCAUGUGAUUCAUAUACUAGCGCAGAAACAUCUCAAAUGAGUCGCUCAGGAAAAUCAGAUGAUUUUGUUGACAUAAAAUCACGGCUAAGCGUCCCUUUUAGUAGCCGACAGACGACAUUUAGUGAUGAAGAUGAAACAGCAUCCAACGAUGGAAAAUACAGGCUUGCUAUCCCGGUUUUGAGCAGACAGGCAACUUCAAGUGAUGAGGAAGAGGGCGAUGGAAAACAUCGACUGGUUGUCCCUUUAUCAAAUCGACAGACAACCUUUAGCGAUGAUGACCAGAGAGAUGGAACGGGAUUGGAUUCGGAAGAUAUUUCAGAGCACACGGUGUUAUUGCCACCAAAAGAAUGUCCAAUACACCUGGAUCCAAGAGAGGCUUUAACAAGGCGAAGAAAAAACUUCAGAAUGUCAGGAAAGAAUCCUAUAUUCAGUGCCAGUGUAGGUCAACUUCCCGAUAAUAAUGUUAUAGCUUUUAAUUCUGGUCUGUCUAAGAAAUCCGCCAGCAUAGCUGUUAUGAGACAGCCAACCUUUGAAAGACAAGAAAGCAUAGAAUCACCGGUGUGUGAAGAUUACGAAAAAGUAUUGGACGACAAAUUACUUGAUCGAAACAUUAAAGACAUACUACUUUCUGUCGAGGUCUUAUUCAACAACAAGUGAUUCAGUCAGAAUAACACUUGCAGGAAAAAUAUUACAGGAGUUUCCACAAGCCUGUAUGAAAACGAGACAUUUCAAUCUGUCGAUGGAAAAAAACAUCCGUUUUUUGAUAUUUCUUGAUAUGAAAAGGGUGAGCGAACAAAGGAAAUGUUUGUGUAGCAAAAGAAAACGAUUAUGGUAACGAAUUAGAUGCCUCUUAUGUUUUUUUUUUUUUGUUUGUUUUUUGGCCAUACUUUGCAAAAGGGCAUGUACAAAAUAAGGAAGUGUUAUUGUUGGAAAUGAUGGGACCCAAUCAAAAACAUUCCACCUGGAACCUGUACGUAUGUCAAAUGUACUUACAUAUUUGUCAACGUGAAA